AUGGAGCUGAACAGACUGCUCCUCCUCACAUCCUUCCUCCUGCACGUGGAAGAGGGCCGUGCCAGCCCAACACGGCUGGUGUGCGACAACAGACUCAUCCAGAAGUACAUCGGGGAGGCCAAGGACAUGGAGAAGAGAGCGGGCCAGUGCCAGGCACUGCCCGCACUCAGCUGCCCCACGGUGCUGCCCUUGGUGGACUUCAGCCUCCAGCAGUGGAAAUCCAAAUCGAACGAGAUCAAGCGGCGGGAGAUCCUCUGCGACCUGGCACUGCUGGUGGGCGCCGUGGCGGGGGCCCAGGGCCAGGUGACCCAGGAGUGCGGGGCCAGGCAGCUGAGCCAGCUUUACCGACACGCCAACUCCUUCAUCCUGCUCCUGCAGACCUUCAGCUGGGAGGCAGGACCCUGGGAGCCGGGCUGCUCCCCACGCUCCAUGGAGCAGACUCACAUCACCGGCAUCUUCCUCACCUACCGGCAGCUGGUGCAGGGCAAGCUACGCUUCUUCUUCCAUGACCUGGCCAAGGACUUGUGCAAGCAAGGCCAGGUGGGCGGGAGAGACCCUCAGUGCGGGGCCCGGUGA